CGAAUGUGAUACCAACUAUCAACUAUGGCGGUGUAUCGCAAUUUUAUGGAAAUAUUAAAAAUUCACAAAAGGCAGUGGCCACAAAUAUAUUGCAUUCUUAUAGCAUGUUUUUCGGGUAUAGUUUACGGACUGGCUUUCGCCUGGACAUCACCUUCAAUCCCCAAGAUAACUCAGGAUAAAGAAAAUUAUGACAUCACCGAAAAGGAAGCCGCAUAUUUCACGAUCAUCCCGUAUUUAGCAAUGGCUGUCAGUGUCCUGCCGUUUUCUUAUUUAAACGACAUAAUUGGUAGGAAACUGACGAUCAUGCUCAUGGUUAUACCAUGUAUAGUGCAUUGGAUCAUCAUAAUUUUUGCAAGAUCAGUGUACUUGUUUUAUCUUGCAAGACUUUUCAUUGGAGUUACCGAGUUUUUGUUCAUUUCUUUACCCAUGUACGUUGGUGAAAUUUCAUCCCCAACUAUUAGGGGUACGUGGGGUAAUGCAUUAUGUUUCUCCAUUAACUUCGGAAUAUUGUUGAUUAAUAUUAUAGGAAGCUAUUGCUCAAUACAACAAACAGGUUACAUUUGUCUCAUGUUUUGUUUAAUAUUGGUUAUGUUAUUGCCACUGAUACCAGAUACUCCUUACUAUUACAUCAUAAAAAGAGAUGAAUCUAAAGCAAAGAAAACACUCAAGUGGCUUUAUCAAGAGGAUAAUGUCGAAGACACCUUCCAAUCAAUAAAAUCCGACGUAGAAAAACGAAUAUCAGAUACUGGCACAUGGUCAGAUCUUUUCAAAAUCAAAAGUAACCGCGAUGCUCUCAUUUCGUGUAUAUUUGUUCAACUCGCUAUACCUUUCAGUGGAUUCACUGCCUUCGUUGGAUACAGUCAACAGAUCUUCAACAAAACUGGAGGAGAAAUAUCAGCUGAAACAUCAUCCAUAAUCAUUCAAGCAAUAAUAUCUGUAGUGUGUAUUUUUACAGGAUUCACAGCAGACAAAAUUGGCAGGAAACGGUCGUUUAAAUACUCGGCCUUCUCGUGCACGAUUCUGCUGCUUAUAGAAGGAUUAUACUUUUGGUGUGAACAAUAUAGUCCAAAUAUCACGAAAAACUGCCACUGGAUUCCAUUGUGUGUGAUGAUAAUGUUUUACAUAAUUCAUACAAUUGGAAUUGGCACAGUUAGCAUUUUGAUGUUGGAAGAAUUGUUUUCGGCAAAUGUAAAAACGAAAGGAUUGUGUCUUUGCACAUUUGUUUUUGGAGUCGGUGGUGCUUUAAAUAACGAAUUAUUUAACGAAUUACAAUUUUACUUUGGAAUGUAUGCUUCGUUUAUGUUUUUUGCAUGUACUUGCGCGGUCUUGUUUAUUUUGUCAUUUCGUCUGAUUCCUGAAACCUCAGGAAAAACUUUACAGGAAAUUCAACAAUCGUUUAAAAUUGAACAAACAAAUAACAAAUAAAAUUAUUUAUUUUAAUAAUUUGUCACAAACCAUUAGGGUUCAUUUUCGAAUUUGUUCCAUGUUGCCUCAAACAUAUUAUUAAAAAAUUAUAUUUAUAAAUAUCAUUUUCAACAGAUACCAAUCGGAGAUUGGUAACAUAACAUAACAAUUUUUGCCAACGUUAUACAAACAAAUUUAUACCACGACGAAAAAGUGUUGAUUCUUGGAAGUGAAGAAAAAAUCAGUCACAAUUUUGACCUUCUUUUCAGACAAACUGUUUUACCAUAAAAAAAAAUGAAUAAUGAAAAUAUUAAUAAUAAUUAUAUAGAAAAAUAUGGUGUUGUGUUGUCAUGGAGAAGCAGAAUACUUAGUCUAUUAUCAAAUAAAACCCAUAUUUUAGUAAGUUUCCAUGAACUUGGCCAACCUGCGAACAGUAGGUAGUUGCAUUGAUGUUGUCCAACUUUUUGAUGAAAUUCGUUGCUUAAAACCUCUUUCCAAUGGUUCAGUCAUCACAGUUUCAGACAUGGAUGAAUCAGAAAUUUGCAUGAAUUAAUAUAUUCAUGGGUACAAGUUUCAAAGCAUUCAGCACUAUUAAAACGACGAAACCAGAAUCGUACAACUUCUUCACCUAAAGAAUCUUAGACAAAUUCAGAUCAUAUAGUAAAUUUUUCACUAAAUAAAACACAACAAUUUUAACACAAAAAAUAUUUAAAAUACAAUUUAG